AUUUGACAACAAAUCACAAAGUGGGCGAGUUUUGUUUUGCUUUUGCCUAACGUCUGAUGAUUUUCUCUACAUCUUUCAUGUAUUUUGUGUACAACCUACAGCUUUAACAGUUUUUUUUAACUAAGUUUGUUAAUAUAAUGAUAUGGUCUUGAAAAUUGUUCAAAAUGCAUUUUUCUAUUCCGGACUUACAACAAUUUCGAGACGACAAUGGACUUACUUACACGGGCUUCAACAUACAUAUUGAUGGAUUUUUCCACUGCACUGCUCGCUUUAAGCAGCUGCUUAGUCUGCACGAGCAAUUACAGGCACAAUACUCUUAUUAUAAAUUGCCACAGUUUCCACCAAAAAAGUUUUUUCUCACUAGUUCACAAUUAGAAGAACGCAGAAUUCUUUUAGAGAAAUAUAUCCAAUUAAUUGGACAAAAUCCGGUUUUGGCUAAUUCAGGAAUAUUAAUGACAUUCCUUUUAACUGCUCAACAAGAAACACAUAAUGUCAAAGUUCAUGUUGUUGAUAUAGAGAUCUCUUUGAUGAAUGGAUAUAGGAUACCACUGUCGGUAUCAUCAACUGACACAUCAAGUACUGUUUUAGAUAUAGCUUGUAAUUAUGUGAAUCUCCCUAAAGAUUACACAAAAUACUUUUCACUGUUUUUAUUUAACUGGAGUUGUGCAAAAGAUGGACAGCCAAGUUUUAAGAAAUUGGAAGAUUUUGAAUCACCAUAUAUUUCCCAGAAAUAUGUUAGACCUGAAGAUAAAAUUGUGUUAAGAAAAAGUUAUUGGGAUCCUUGUUAUGAUAUGGACCUAGUUCAAGACAGGGUGUCAAUAGAUUUAUUGUAUCUUCAAAUUAUAGAAGAUAUUGAUUUAGGAUGGAUUACUGCUGAUUCUGAAACUAAAGUCAUGCUUUCAUCACAUGAAUCAAAAAAACAAAAGAAAGAGUACAUUGAGUUGGCUAGAAGUUUAAGGCAUUAUGGCCGAAUACCAGCUGGAGAGGGCUUAACAGAAGCAGUAAAUAUUGGCGACAUGGGUGGUGCUUUAAUAAAUGUACGAGUGUCCUUAGCAUGUAAAGAAUUAUCACUUACAAGUGUAACACAUCCUAGCCAUGAGCAGCGAUAUAAAGUAACACGAAUGCGUUGUUGGCGUAUUACAACUCUACAUUCCCUGGAUCAUUCACAAAAUGGAUCUUUACUAGAAGAACCAACAAAAAACUUUGAGCUUUCUUUUGAAUAUCUUAUAAGCAAGGAUAAUCUCAUUUGGGUAACAUUGAAGACUGAAAAUGCAAUAUUCAUCAGUGUAUGUUUACAGUCAAUAGUCGAUGAGUUGAUGCGUCAAAAGAAUGGUGAGGGUCCUAUAUCACCACGCUGCAAACGGGCGAGUCUCACCUACUUGCGUCGGGAUGGCUCCAGUCAAUUAAUAACACCUUCAUCAUCUAGCGAUACACUUAGUUCUAUAAAUGGAGACUCUUGCACUUCAGGAAGUUCUCGUGAAAUAUUCUCAGUUCAGAAGUUAACAGAGAAAUUUGCAUCUGUCGCGUUUAAAACUGGCAAGGACUGUGUGGAAAAUAACGCUUUUGAAGCUAUAGGUGAUGAGGAAUUGUAAUAUAAUUGGUUAUAUGAAACUCUUGCUGUUAACAUCAAAAAUUAACAUUUUGCAAUUUAACUGCACUGGUGAUGAUUUUGGUUGAUGAAUGUGAUGUUUUAAUUACAAACAAGAAAAUUAGGCUUACAAUACAGGCCUUAUAAAAGACAAUAUGGGUUAAAAACUGUAGGUAGUUUAAAUUACUUAAAGAACUACCUAUGACUUCCUAUUUUUAAAUUUAAAUAUUAUUUAUACCGCAUCUAGUAGAAAUGUGAAAGCAAAAAAUAUUUAGAAACAUAUUAGAAAAAAAAAUUGGUUAACAGCAAGGAAUGAAUACUGUCUGACAAAAGACAGGCUAAACUAUAUUACGGACAAAUUCGUAAAUAUAAUUUAUACAAACAAACAAUUUUGAUUUUUUAUAGGCAUUAAAGUUUUUAUUUGGGGAAAUUUCCAUUUAUAAAAUGUGGCAAUGACUUAGCUUUCCCUUAAAUUUUUACUCCAUUAAUUUUUUCCGGCCAUUAACUUGCCAUAUAACAUAUCGAAUUUAUGAUUAUAUCACUAAAUUAUUUACAUAAUAUUUUAUCAUGUCCUCUCUGAAUAUUAUGUCCAAAAGAUGUAAUUUUUAGUAAAACAUUAAUUAAGAUAGGAAUGUAUAAUACAAGAUAUUAUAAGUCCAGUGUAAUGUAAUGACAUAAAAACCUCUAACAUAUUAUAGGCUUCUUUAAAAGUUAGUGCCAAAGAACCCCUUGUUAGAUCAUGCUUUCAUUGAUUGCAUGCAUGUUUUUAUUAGCUUCAUAAUUAUUUAUAAUAUAUAAAUUAAGUAUAAACAAACACACACAAAUAUCGCCUUUUACUCCUUAUGAAAUACGUUUUCAAAAUUAUUUUUUCUAUACAUCAGCUACACAAAAGAUUAUUUUAUUUAUUGACAGUUGUCUCGAAUAUCGCGUCCCUUUAUUUCCUGCUUUUUUAAUAUAAGCAAGAAGGCAUUUAAUUCCUUAAAAAAAUAUUUCCAUUGAAAUAAUCAUCCUUCUCCUAACAAACAAUUAUUUUUUGGUUCAUUGGGGGUUUCUUUAUUUUUAAUAAUAAACUUUAAAGUAAUGUGUCAUUCAUUUUUUAAUGGACACAUUCAAAUACUUCAGUAUAAAG